AUGGAUGAAGGCCAAGUUACAAACAAAGCUCCAAGGUUCAGUAGUGUGAACUAUGAUUCAUGGAAAAUCAGAAUUGAAGCAUUUUUAAUGUCUCAUUCUUAUGAUUUCUGGCAUGCUGCUGUGCAUGGUAUUGUUAUUGUUAGUCCUGAAAAUCCUACUGAAGCUGACAAAGUUGUUAUUGCUAAUGAUGGUAAAGCUAAACAUGUCCACUACUGUGCUUUGAAGCAACAAGAAUUUACGAGAGUUAAGAAUUGCAAAAUAGCUAAGGAGAUGUGGGACUCUCUUCAAGUUACUCAUGAAGGAAGCACUAUUAUCAAAGAAAACAAAAUUCAACUCUUCAAAGUUCAGUAUGAAGCUUGUAAGAUGAAAGAAAGGGAAAUUGUGGCUGAUUACUUGUUCAGGAUCAAUGACAUUGUGAAUAAUAUGAAAUCUCUUGGUGAAGACAUUAAGGACUCUGAUGUUUGUAAGAAGGUACUUAGAUCACUUACACCAAGAUUUAAUGAAAAAGUUAUAAUCCUAGAGGACAAAGACUUAUCUAAAAUUAAGAUUGAUGAACUUCAAGCCUCCCUCAUUGCCUAUGAAAUGAGGAUUGGUGUCCCAACUUUUUAA